UCUGUGUUGAAGGAAAGUGGUUCCAAAAUUUUGUCGUUUAAUGUGAGGGUUCUGAGGGUUUUCUCCCUUUAUAGUUUUUUCCUCUUCUGAUAUACAAACACAGAGACACAUGGAUCAUGGGAUGAGUGAUGGUGGUACAGACAAGGCGGUGUCGCCUCAGUUGAUGCCGAAAGAUGGGUUGAGUAUGGCCGUGGCUACCCAGAAGUCUAUGCGGCAAAUGAGUUUCUUCUGGGGCAGAAAUGUGGAGAUUCUCUUCCCUGGUUGGCCUGAAAGCCGGCUUGGCAUGUACAUCUUGGCUCUCUGUUUCGUUUUUCUCCUUGCGGUAGCUGUGGAGUUGUUAAGCGUCACUUGGAGCUUCAGACCAGGGAUGAACCCAAGAGUAGCUAGGCUGGCUCGUACCAGCGUGUACGUUCUUCGCAUGGGUCUGGCUUACUUAGUCAUGCUCUCUGUCAUGUCCUUCAAUGGAGGAGUAUUUCUUGUUGCAGUCGCUGGUCAUGCUGUUGGGUUCUUCCUUUUCAGGAGCCAUAUUUUUACCGGACCAAGCUCAGCCCGGUCUUAAUGAAAACCCAAUCAGGCAAUCACCAUCAACCUUACUGAUGCUUGUCGAUGCUUAAUUUAUUAGUUGAUUUUACUAAUGAUGACUCUUCAUUGUGCUUAGAUUUCCUUUUACUUCUGUUUUCUUCCUAUAAAUAAAUAUGGCUUCCCAACAUUUGGUUACUUAAAGGAAGAAGUUAUGUAAUUAAUUGUUUUUGGUUUUAACUUUUAAGAGAAAAUGAAGUGAAAUUCUUUCUUUGUCACACAAAGAUAAAAACCGGUUGCAAUGGAACCCAUUUGAACUA